AGGGCGAAGUUAACGCUGAUAUACAAUUUAGCCCCAGAGAUUUUUCUCGGGCGAUUUCUUUUCAGUUACGGCAUUGGUAUUCUUGCACGCUUUUACGUAAAUCCAGAAUUCUUUGUCACUGCGAAAACUACUGUUUGCCGAUAGAAUAUUACGAAAUAUACAAUUAUUUUCCAGCUUGGGUGUAUUCUUAUCCCGGCUCGGCGAGCAACUUUCUCUUUGUUCCAAAUAAUACAAAGUAUGUGAUUGGUAGCUAGUUGAAGCCUUGGGUUUUCACUUGUCUGCACCCGAUUAUAAAGCCAACGCUGAUUGGCCUAAUGCACGUGCACCAGGCGAGCUAAUUUCGAAAGGCUUCGCCUAAUAUGGCGGACGGAAAAUCACACAGCAUAAAGGAUUGGAGUGCCGGUUGGAGUAGAAUCACUGUCGUCGGCAUUUAACUCUUGAGUCAACUGUAACGAGUUCGCCAGUGUGUUAAACCGCGUACAGUGUCUCUGUGCAAUAAGAGGUAAUUGCAGUCCUAAACAAUGGGAUUUGGACGCCAAGACACGGCCCCUGCUAUGGAAUUUCUUCAAUGUGUGAACAAUGACCGGGGAUCAAAAAGCAAUACACCUUCUGUUCCCUCAUCACCACUGACACUGAUUGAAAAAAUCAAUCAGAAGAUUGCAGCUAAAGAAAAAUUCUUCAGCUUGGAAUUUUUCCCCCCAAGAACUCCUAAUGGAGCAGUGAACUUGAUAGCCAAGUUUGACAGGAUUUCUAUGGGAUGCCCAUUAUUUUGUGAUGUGACAUGGCAUCCUGCUGGAGACCCUGGUGGUGAUAAAGAAACAAGCUCCAUGACAAUAGCCAGUGCAGCUUUAAACUAUUGUGGUCUAGAAACUAUGCUACAUAUUUCUUGUGCUAAUACAGUGAAAGCCACAGUGACUAAGCACUUGAUGAAAGCCAAAACAUUGGGAAUUAGGAACAUCCUUGCUCUCCGUGGUGAUCCGCCCAAUGGGGAGGAAUGGCAAGCUCUUGAUGAUGGUUUGGCAUAUGGCACAGAUAUGGUGAAACAUGUCCGCCAAGAGUUUGGAGAUACUUUCACUAUUUGUGCGGCAGGCUACCCAAAUGGUCAUCCAGACUGUCCCACUUAUGAGGAGGAUCUUCAACAUUUGAAGGAGAAAGUAGAUGCCGGAUCCGAUUUUAUCAUAACACAACUGUUCUUUGAGAACAAAACAUUCUUCAAAUUUGUGAAAGAUUGCCGAGAUAUUGGUAUAACUGUACCAAUCAUUCCUGGCAUUAUGCCCAUUCAGGGUUAUGCUUCCCUGCGUCAUCUUGUCAAGCUAUCAAGGUUAGAAGUUCCACAAUGGAUUGUGGAUGCCAUUGAACCCAUCAAAGAUAAUGAUGAGGCUAUACGUAAAUAUGGGGUACAACUUGGAAUCCAAAUGGCACGUGAACUUUUAGAAAGUGAUGAUGUUCCUGGAUUACACUUUUACACCCUGAAUCGAGAGGUUGCAACCAAAGAAAUUUUGACAGCUUUGGGACUGUGGUGCCAGGAUCCUGCAGCCAGCAGACCAUUGCCCUGGAAACCCUCAGCAAACAAGAAAAGAGUGUGUGAGGAUGUGAGACCGAUCUUCUGGGCUUCUCGACCUAAGAGCUAUAUGUAUCGUACUUCAGACUGGGAUGAGUAUCCUAAUGGUAGAUGGGGAAAUUCGUCAUCGCCGGCCUUUAAUGACUUGAGAGACCAUCACUUGUUUUAUUUACGAAGCAAAAGCAAGAAAGAAGACUUGUUGAAAAUGUGGGGAGGGGAACUCACUUGUGUGGAAGAUGUGUUUGAAGUUUUCAGGUGUUACAUCUCUGGGGAAAACAAUCGAAAUGGUGUGCAGGUGAAAUCACUCCCCUGGAAUGAUGACACCAUUGCUCCAGAAACAUCUUUAAUCAAAGAGAAGCUUGAAUUUCUGAACAGCCAUGGAUUUCUAACAAUCAACAGUCAGCCUCACGUGAAUGCCAAACCAUCUAGUGACCCUCUUGUGGGCUGGGGGGGAAGUGGUGGAUAUAUCUACCAGAAGGCUUACCUAGAGUUCUUCACCUGCAAAGAAAAUGUUGACAUCCUUCUUGAAGUUUUAAAAGACUAUCCACAAGUUAAUUAUCAUUUUGUGAACAGAGAGGGCUCAGUUAAUGUAACCAAUUCUGACAAGUUAUCUCCUAUUGCUGUCACAUGGGGUGUGUUUCCUGGAAAAGAGAUUUAUCAGCCAACAGUUGUGGAUCCUAUCAGUUUUGAGUCUUGGAAAGAUGAAGCAUUUGAUCUUUGGGAUCAACGGUGGGGUCGACUCUACAAAGAGGAUUCACAAUCAAGACAAGUCAUUGAUGACAUCUACAACAACUAUUACCUUGUCAAUUUAGUUGACAAUGACUUUAUCAAAGGGAACUGCCUUUGGGAAACACUUGAGAAAACAGUGGAACUUAGAGAAGGAGGGGCUCAGCGCAUGGCUGCUGAAGCCUGAUGAGAUUUGAUAUUUGCAUGAUUUUAAUAAUUGGAACUGAUGUGAAUAAGGGAGACCCAUUACCAUUUUGAGUGAUAUUUUAUAUUUCUCCAGUCCCUUUAUUGUUUAAGAGGCUAAUGGAGAAUAGUGAACAAUACAUAAGGUUCUGGAGAAGCUUGAAAAAUACAUAAGGUUCUGGAGAACAUUGAGAAAUUCUAUACACAAAAUUAUUCUGGCAAACUCCAAGAUUAGGUGGAUGUACGUUCAAGUCUGAAUAGGAUCGUAAUCCCUCAAGGGGAUCUGAAAUAUCUAAUUUAUUUUACUCAAAUCCUGAUUAUGCCAGAAUUAUGGGAGAAUGGGACACUUUCAUUUGAGGCAAGAAUCUUCAGUUUAGUCAAGUAGUUUUUAAAGACAAUGUGCAAACAACUUAAUUAUUUGAAUAGACUUGACUAAACUGACAAGAUGAUACAGACCAGUUACAUUGUAUUUUCCAGACAUGCAAAAUCAAUGAUUUCUUGUAAGAGUGAGUGCAAAGAAAUCCUCAUAGUGUAGUAUGAUGCACUACAAUCAAUUUUAUGAAAUUUUCAAGUUGAUGCAAAAGCUCUUUUCCAGUAUCCCAGUUACAAAUGUACUAGCAAUAAGUUAACUUCACUCAUGAAAUCAAGCUGGACUCACAAACUUUAUUUAAUUUUUUAACAUUUUUUCUGUUUUAUUUGUUGUUUGGACAUUCGAGAAGAGAUCAGCUUGUUUCUUGGAUUAAGAUGAAUUCCUUAACUACUGGAUAGCAUAUAUUAUCUAUAUUUAUUUCUUAUUAAUGCCCUGACAGAUCCAUCAGAGUAGUUAGAGGUACUGAUAUGCAGUAGAUUGUUGUGCUGUUUCUAUGGAAACCUUUUAAUGUUAAGUUUAAUUACCCCAUCCCCCUAUACAUCUAGUUUAGAGUCCAGACUUCCAUCAAAGUAAUUAGAGACACUGAUAUACAGUACAUUGUUGUGCUGUUUCUAUGGAAACCUUCAAUGUUAAAUUUGACUAUCCCAUCCCCCCUAUACAUCUAGUUUAGAAUCCAGACUUCCAUCGGAGUAAUAAGAGACACUGAUAUGCAGUACAUUGUUGUGCUGUUUCUAUGGAAACCUUCAAUGUUAAAUUUGACUAUCCCAUCCCCCCUAUACAUCUAGUUUAGAAUCCAGACUUCCAUCGGAGUAAUAAGAGACACUGAUAUGCAGUACAUUGUUGUGCUGUUUCUAUGGAAACCUUCAAUGUUAAAUUUGACUAUCCCAUCCCCCCUAUACAUCUAGUUUAGAAUCCAGACUUCCAUCGGAGUAAUAAGAGACACUGAUAUGCAGUACAUUGUUGUGCUGUUUCUAUGGAAACCUUCAAUGUUAAAUUUGACUAUCCCAUCCCCCCUAUACAUCUAGUUUAGAAUCCAGACUUCCAUCGGAGUAAUAAGAGACACUGAUAUGCAGUACAUUGUUGUGCUGUUUCUAUGGAAACCUUCAAUGUUAAAUUUGACUAUCCCAUCCCCCCUAUACAUCUAGUUUAGAAUCCAGACUUCCAUCGGAGUAAUAAGAGACACUGAUAUGCAGUACAUUGUUGUGCUGUUUCUAUGGAAACCUUCAAUGUUAAAUUUGACUAUCCCAUCCCCCCUAUACAUCUAGUUUAGAAUCCAGACUUCCAUCGGAGUAAUAAGAGACACUGAUAUGCAGUACAUUGUUGUGCUGUUUCUAUGGAAAC